AUGGCGACCUGCAGCUCCAGCAUCGUGAUUAAUGAUGAUGAACCAGGUUAUGACCUGGAUUUAUUUUGUAUACCUAGUCAUUAUGCAGAGGAUCUGGAAAAGGUGUUUAUCCCUCAUGGACUAAUUAUGGACAGAACCGAACGGCUUGCUCGAGAUGUGAUGCAGGUGAUGGGAGGCCAUCACAUCGUGGCGCUCUGUGUGCUGAAGGGGGGCUAUAAGUUCUUUGCAGACCUACUGGAUUACAUCAAAGUACUGAACAGAAAUAGUGACAGGUCCAUUCCUAUGACUGUAGAUUUUAUCAGAAUGAAGAGCUACUGUAAUGACCAGUCAACAGGCGACAUAAAAGUGAUUGGUGGGGAUGAUCUCUCAGCUUUGACUGGAAAGAAUGUCUUGAUUGUUGAAGAUAUCAUUGACACUGGGAAAACGAUGCAAGCCUUGCUUUCCCUGGUCAAGCGGCAUAAUCCAAAGAUGGUCAAGGUUGCCAGCUUGCUUGUGAAAAGGACCCCUCGAAGUGUUGGCUAUAGACCGGACUUUGUUGGGUUUGAAAUUCCAGACAAGUUUGUUGUGGGAUAUGCCCUUGACUACAAUGAACACUUCAGGGAUUUGAAUCAUGUUUGUGUCAUUAGUGAAACUGGAAAAGCAAAAUACAAAGCCUAA